AUGGGUUGCUCCAUAGAACAGUUCACCAGGUUGAAGCCUUCGAUUUUUGUAGGAAGUGUAGAUCCAGUUCGUGCUGAGAAUUGGAUCCAAGAGAUUGAGAAGAUUCUGGAUGUUUUAAACUCCACGGAGUGGCAGAAGAUGGCCUUUGCAACGUUUAAGUUAUCAGGUGAGGCAGAGAGAUGGUGGGUGUCAGUGAAGAAGAUGGAGAAGAACCGACCAAUACCAGUGGCGUUGAUGUGGGCUCGGUUCAAAGAUUUAUUCUUUGAAUGGUAUUUUCUGGCCACGGUUAGAAACGCGAAGAUGGAGGAAUUCAUGAACCUAACGCAGGAGUCGCUGACGGUGCAACAGUAUGCUGCAAAAUUUCAUGAGCUGUCUUGA